GUCGAACUUCGCGUCGCUUGCGCGUCAUCCUCAGCUUCUGACCAUCCCACUACGGCGGAAACACGCACUGAAGGACAACUUUUAGAUACCUAAUUUCAAGGGUCUUUUUUGACACAACAGACAACUUGACGGUCAAGGUAGCAUGGACACCGACCCCUCGUCGAUUAACGGCCUUAUUGAAGACUCAAAUGAGCACGAACUAAAACCUAAAAUAAAUUGGGACGAUGAGGAAGACAUAGCUGCACGUUCUCGUGCUCGAGCAACAGAAAAAUAUCUUGCCGUCGUGAAUUCGGCGACUACUCCUCCGAUCGACCUGAGAACCGUCAAGGAGGAAGAGAUCAGGCCUCAAAUUGAAUUUGACGAUGCAGCAGAGCAAGAUGCUUUUGAAUGGCUCGAGAGUACGGUUAAUCCAAAGCUCAAGAAAAAAUCCAAACUAGAAGAUGUUCCGAUCCAAACCAUCCACCGCUACAUGAAACCCAUACCCACUUUUGACGUGGACCGUGAACGAGGCAUCGACAUCGACUUGGCAGUACCCCGUGGGUUCAUUAGCCGGCAGUUUGGAGGUUCUCCUCAAGGAGCAUUUCCCAAGGUACGCGAAGAUAAGAGGAGGGAAAUGAUCCGAGAUGGUUUCGGGGAAGCAAUGUUCAAUUUUAUGAACUGGGAUUACCACCCCUACAUGCCAACUCGACCUGGGUUUCCUGGGCUUUACCUGAAUAUCUGUUCUGCUGAUGAGAUGGAGGUCGACGACUUGAAGUACGACUGGGAGACAACAAAGGAGGCUGAAGACGAGGAGGUAAAGGUAAAGGUUGAAGACGAGGAAAGAAAGAGGGGAGAGGAAGAAGACUAUGAUGUUCAUCGUGUUUUUGUGCGUCUGGACGCCAACCAAUGGCUCUACGUGGGCCAAUACAAAAUCGAGCACAGAGCCAUUUUGUCCAAGGAAGAAUGGGAUGAGCUGUCCUAUGCAGUAGGACUUUCACUUGCUGCUCUGGGUUCAAAUUCGGUGAUCACUGAACCUACCGUAUAGGCAAAGUCCGCUUGGAUUAAUGGUGCUUUAGUCCAAGGAUGGGGGGAAGACAUAAGGGCCCGUGUCUUACUCUUGAACCGACCAGGUUCCAGUCGCCGUUGCACUAAACAGGACCUUCACAAGCUUUUGAAGGACAAAGGAAAGGUCAAGAGUCUCAAUGUGACAAAGAAAUCAUGGAUUCAUUUGAUAGGGGGGAAUAUCGUGUCAUGGUCGUGACCAUGACCUGUGUCGGCUAUCAACAUGAUUUCCAACGCAAAAUCGUGGACAAAUACACGCUCUGGUUGGAGGAACAACCCCAGAAGUCGAAGGAGGGCACUCAGACCAAGAAACGUGCCAGGAAGUCGAAUGGACGCGAUAAUAAAGUUCCAAAAGCCAAGAAAGUCAAAACAAGGCGGACUAGGAGUUCAAGUUCGAAUGAUGACCACCGUCGCCAGUCUGAGUCUGGAGGCUCCGACAGCGAAGACGCGUUGGGAUCAGAAUACGAAGACAAAGCAGGGAACGACGCAACAUCAAAGAACGAUGAAGAAAUUUUGUAUGUUUCGGGUGGUACAAAAUCCCGUCCGAGGACUCGUGCUGCUUUGAGAUCUGCGUGAGGUCAAGAGACCCCAACUUCCCCAAGUUUCGUUUGCUGCGCACGAUCGGCUGAGGUUGGAUGUUUGUUACGAACUUUUUGCGAGAUACUUCUUGUCAGGUCCAUGGAACUCAGAAUCACCAUACGGAGUUGAAAGGGACUGACCUGUUUGUCUUGAACUUUUGAUUACCGUCUACGAUACCCAAGGAACUAGAUUGGUUCCAAUAAAGGCGCAGGUCGGUAGAUUCGUAUGAGAACGGGGUGUAACACUGC